GCGGCGUGGCGCGGCAGAGCCAGCGGCUGCGGCGGGAGCGGAGCUGGCGCUACCGCGGAGCUUAGAGGCCCUGCUGAACUCCCGCCGCUUUGCCGGCGGGCGGAGAAGAGAGGAGAGGAGGAUGUGAGUCUGCAGGAAGAUGAAGCCGAGCGCUGCGGAGGCCGCCGACAAAGGAGCGCGUCCUCCAGAUGGAAUGCAAGCAAAACCAGUAAAGACAAGAUCUUCGCUGAAGACUGUGAAAAAAGAUAUAGGAAAGCUUGAGAAACUUAAAUAUAAGCCACUCACUGGGAAGGUGUUUUACCUUGAUAUUCCAUCAAAUGUGAUCUCUGAAAAGAUAGGAAAAGAUCUCAAAGAGCUAGGAGGGAGGGUGGAGAGUUUUCUUAGUAAAGAUAUCAGCUACUUGGUGUCUAAUAAAAAGGAGGCAAAAUUUGCACCAUCUCUUGGUCAGAUUUCUCCUGUCCCCAGCCCAGAAUCUGCAUGUAAUGGAGGAAAUAGCCCACCUCAUCCUAGCAAGCGAAAAGAUCAUCAUGAUGGAAGUUCAUUUAAGGUAGCAGAUCCGGUACGUAUGAGCAGAGGAAAAUCCCUAGUUGAAAAAGCCAUCAAAGAGCAGGACUUAAUUCCUUCUGGUAGUAUAUUGUCCAAUGCUUUGAGCUGGGGAGUGAAGAUCCUUCAUAUUGAUGAUGUAAAGAAUUACAUUGAACAAAAGAAGAAGGAGCUCUACUUAAUAAAAAGUGCAGGCAGUUCUCUUAAGGAUGGGGGAAGACAAGUUACUGCUCAAAAGACAAGAAGUAGACUGAAAAAUCCAUUUGUCAAGGUGGAAGAUAGAAGUCGCCGCUACCGACCGUUUUAUCUGCAGUUACCCAGUUUUCCAGUUGUGAACUACUGUGUUCCCAAACCCUAUAGUCCGUUUGAGGUGGAUAAGAAGCUUCCUUCUGCUCAAAAGCAAACUCAGUCUAAGCAAAGAAACAAAAUAAAUAGUGACAAGGAUUGUGGAGCUCUUGUUCAACUCCCUCCAAAGGAGAAAAAAAAGAGAGGAUAUUGUGAAUGUUGUGGGAAGAAAUAUGAAGAUCUGCAAACACACCUUGAAAGUGAACAGCACCAAAAUUUUGCCCAAAGCACACAGUACCAGGUUGUUGAUGAUAUCAUCUCAAACUUUGUUUAUGAAUUUGUAGAAUACAUAGACGAUGCAAAUAUUAAAAGGACAAAGUGUAGCAUAGGAUAUUUUUCUCCUAUUAUUGGAAAGAUAACUAGAGCAGAUGAGCUGAAAGAACGACUGAAAAAGCAGCGUGUCUCGUUGAAGAGUUACUCGUGGAAGGAUUCAGCCAUACGGGCACUCAAACUGGAUCGCCAGCCCACAGAAAUACACCCCAACUCCGUGCCAGUGCCUACCUCUAUUUCUGGAUCUAUCUGUUCGGUUCUUUAUUGUCAGCCAUCACAACCUUCAGAGCUAAAAAGUAAGUUCAGAAAUAAUGAUGGAAACGUUAAAACAAAUUGCUCCUGUGCUGCAAACUUCAGAGAGACUGUUGCGUCGUCAAACUUCAUACAACCACCCCCUCAGAAAGACUACAAAGCUUACCCAGAGAACUUGUCUCCUGCUUAUGAGCCAUUCAGUAAAGAAAUACUGGAACCAGAAACAAACAGCAAGAAUGUAGAGUGUUUUCAGGAGGACACAUGUACUUUGUACUCUCAGGCUCAAGUUACAGACCUUAGUGAUAAAGACAAGAACCUAUCACAGGCCAAACGGAAGCUAAAUAAUGCAGUAGCUCUACCAGCAAAGUGUUUGAAAAAAAUGGAUGCCAAUCCUAUGUUUGUCAACAAACAUCAUGAUUUAUGUGAUAAUCAUCAACAGCUGCAGCACAAUGUACUUCUGGAGGCUGAAGUAUCUGAUACUGCCAUAAACAAAGAAGUUAAUGAAUUGGCUGCCAGCACUGCACACAGUUCACCGUCUGGAAAGCUGCACAGGAAAGUGAAGCUUUGCUUGGGGAGAAGUAAGAGAGAAACUUGGAAACAGAAUACAGAGUUAUCUGGGAAGUACACAGAUGGAUUGUCUCUUCCUGUAGAGAACAGAAGUUCCUGUAGCUCACCAGUCCAGUCCCUACUGGAAUUAUUUCAGACAAGUGAAAGAAACUCAGAGUUUGGUGGUUUUUCAAGUUGUAGUGAAAACAAAGGUUCAACUAGUCUAAAAGAUAUAUGGGAAGGGCAGAGUACAAAUGUUUUGUGGUCACUAUUUUCCUCUUCGUCCUCCUCCCCAUUUGUUGGAUUUUAAUGGCGCUUUAUUUAAUGAUUUUCAAAUAAAGUUGGAAAUACAAGAUUUUA